AUGGGUAUGAAGACACUGUAUUUCAAGGAACAUGAAGGGAUAGCUCAAAACCCAGUUGGGCACCUCUCGGCUGCUGCGCCAUCGAUGCCCUCCUGGUGGAAUGUAUUGGGAUCUCAUACUGCUUACGUGGAUUCCCAAUUGAAGACUAUGUCUGUGGACCAACAACCUACGGCUGGAGACCAGGUGGUCACUGCCACUGACCAAGGUCAAGGUGGUCUGGAUAAGGAGAUUCCUACGGAGUUCAAUAUCUUCCCAGGUUCUCCAGGCGAUGGAAAAUCCAUCAAUGAGGAGCAGAAGUCUCUGCCUGCUCAGUCAUUCUUCUCUGUUCAAGCAACCCUGGCUGCUCAGUUUGACAUUGGAUAUGGUCAGCCAAUGAUCUGUGCAAAGCAUCCUCCUGUGGAUCAAUAUUAUGGCAUCUUCUCAGCAUAUGGACCACAAGUUCCGGGACGGAUUAUGCUGCCAAUGGACAUGAGCACAGAUGAAGGACCAAUUUAUGUUAAUGCUAAGCAAUAUCAUGGAAUCCUCAGGCGUCGCAAAUCUCGUGCAAAAGCUGAACUGGAGAAUAAAGCAAGCAGAGCUCGCAAGCAAUACAUGCACCACUCACGCCAUCUCCAUGCAAUGCGUCGACCAAGGGGAAGCGGUGGGCGUUUCUUGACCAAACAGGAGAUCGACAAAAUGGCAAAAGAUCAAGGAAACAACUUCCAGCUGUCUAAGCCGGCUGGUUCCCAGAGUUCAGGAGGCGUGCAGUCUGACAGUGGGUCAGCAAACUCCUCAAAGGAAAGAAAUGGUGCUGGAGGUGGACUGAAUCUUUCAGGGCGGUCAUCAUCUGAAGUAACCAGCAUGUUCUCUAGAGAAGAUAUGGUGGGUUGCUUCCAGAUCAAGACACCACCACCAUUCCACUCUUUCCCUGGCAUGAUGAACACUGGUGGGCAUGGCUUCGUGAUGCCCAGCAAAUGGGUUGCUGCUGUAGUUGACAACUGCAGCAGCAACCUUAAAGUCUGA